AUGGCGAAGACAAGAAAAAGUGAAAAGGAGAUGUUACUGUCGAUACUUUUAGUUAGGAGACUGAGACGUGUGUUUGAUCGUACAGUAGAGGGUAUUUCUCAACUUCUAUUUCCAGAUUAUAACGGACCACAGAACUUUCCCGAAGAAUGGCCACAACUUAAAGAAACUGUGAGGAUAGUGUCACGAUCUACAGUUGUACCUUUACUGUAUGCAGGGUACCGCCAACCACUUGACACAAUUAUAAUACAGAAGAUACAUGAACUGGCUGAUGAUGGCCUCAGGAAUGUCUCUCACAUCAAGAGACAACUUGAAGUUUUUGUUGAGAAGGAUAUGAUUAGCAACUUCUGUGACCUCAACAUCCAAAAGAGCAACAGGCGGUUUUAUGCCACUAAAAAGGAUAUACGCAAUCAUCUCCACCAGGCUGUUACAGCUUCACGGAAAGUAACUGGAACAGUGUUCUCGCUACUCCAUUUUGCCUCCUUCCUUUCACGUUCUGGCACCCUCCUUUAUUUUUCUGCGCACCUCUUUAUUUUUCCGCGCCCAGAUUUAGCGACGAUGAUCAAACGAACUUACUGCAACUUACAGAUGCUUGGAAAUCCAACAAACCAGCUGAUAGGUUAUUUUAUCGUGCUGCAGGCAAAUGAAGCAAAUGAACAUGAUCCGGAAAGUUUUCUGUGGAUCUUCCAGUCUGAAUUCCAGAGAAAAAUGUUGAACAAAUAUGGUGCUGAAAUUACAUUACUGGAUGCUACAUAUCAAACCACAAAAUAUGAUUUACCUCUGUUCUUCUUGUGUGUUUGUAGCAAUGUGGGUUACAUGAUUGUUGGAGCUUUUGUGAUUGGUAAAGAAACCAAAUGUAACAUCCAGGAAGCAUUAACUAUUAUAAAGAAAUGGAACCCAGACUGGUUUCCAGCAUUUUUCAUGUGUGAUUGUGACCAUAGAGAAAUAGCAGCACUGGAAAGUAUAUUUCAAGGAACCCAUGUGUACCUUUGCGAUUUCCAUAAAUACCAAGCUUGGCAAAGAUGGCUACGGUCCAAGAAAAAUGGAAUUGGCCAAAAUAAAGAUGACAUUCUUAAACGAUUAAUGAAGAUCUCCAAUGCACAGACUAAUGAAGAAUAUGAAAUUGAAGUUAAACAUCUGAAGGAAAGCAACAUAUUCAAAGACAAUUUGGCUUUCCAAAAUUGGAUUUCAAAACAUUGGUUGGCAGAACAUACGAGAUGGGUAUAUUGCUUCAGAAAGAAUAUAUUUAACAUCCGUGUGAAUACAACAAAUGGUUUGGAAAACCAGCAUAAGCUGCUGAAGGAGAAUUAUCUACGGCAGUUUAGUUUGGGGAAAACAUUGUCAUCUGCAUUAUCUGUGCUGGUAAAAACAUUCACACCUGAUAUUGAACAAAGAUACAUCAGACUGAACGUGAUAUGUAUGAAUGAAUACUGCAAGUAUGAUGAUGGUAUUCCAAGUUUCCUAAAAAAUCGCCCAAGACUAUUUCUGGAUCACUGCCUUAAAAGGAUGCCACCUACUAUUCCAGAAAUAGGAGAUGACUCAAUUUCUUCUAAUGGUGCUGGAUUUGUUGUAUCAAAUCCAGCUUCUAGAAAUACCCACAGGAUUGAAUUUGGUGAACAAAUGCCAUCCUGUUCAUGUAUGGACUGGAAGAAGUAUCACUGGCCAUGUAAACAUCUCCUAGCAGUCUUCACAAAGUAUCCUGAUCAUGGAUGGGAUUUCCUUCCAGAAGGAUAUAAAGAACAGCCAACACUUUGUUUGGACAAAGACAUCAUAAACAAGGCAAAGGGAAUUGCAGAAACACAAAUCCUAGAAGAAACUCAACAACAAAUCAACCUAUUGCCAGAUGACAUUUAUCAAGACAAGUCUGAAUUUCAAAUCAGAAGAGACUGUUUUGAGUUAUUAAAAUGUAUUACAUCCAGACUCUAUUGCAUUUCGCCAAGUGAGGAUCUGUGCAUAAUAAAAAACAAACUUAUGGAAAUUGAUGAACAAGCUGAUAAACUGACACCCACACUUGCUGGCUUGCCAGUCAGGAAUGUAUUCCAAAGAGCUAAGAAAAAGAAAAUGUUGCACAUGAAACUGGAUAUGAAAAGGAAGAGUGCGAUCGAUAGUGUCAAAGAAGCCAUGCUUGAGAAGACCGUAACAAAUCUGACUGAAAUAUACCAGGAAAUGGCAGACAACAGGGUCGAAGAAGGACUACAUGUACAUUCAGAAGACAGCAAUUUGAAAAGUUGUGAAAAAGAUGUGCUUAAGAUUUGGGACAGAGCAUUGACGAAUGGGAGUCCUUUGGGCAAAAUUGGACAGUACAUUUUAACUGAUACGUCGAUUCAGUGUUUGCAGACAUGGCUGUCAGAUGAGGUGGAUGUUUACAGCUAUGAACACAUUAUUGGUGCAAUCAAUGAGAAUGGAAACCACUGGACACUGAUGCUAGUUCCUGAGGAGAAGAGUAAGUGCAGAUCUAGAUGAACCUCCAAUCUGUACGUGGGUAGUUGAAUCACCUGAACAUGCCAAACAAAUGGAGAGUCAGUCUUGUGGACUUUAUGUCCUAAAGCUAUCUGAACACUAUUUUGAUGGCAGAAGUUUGUUGUUUUCCAUGACCAGUGCAGAGAUAGCAAAAUACAGAAAAAGUGUUGCAGCUUAUUUGCUGUCAAAGUUAGUGCCGGUCAAUGAUGAUAUUACUGUAGUCGCCCAAUACAAGCUGAGGAAAAAGACAUCAACGGUAACUUGUACAUUCUACACUGUAGUGUAUUAAAAA